AUGCAACAUGCUCAAUUUUUAUUUGCUGUACAAAAUUUAUCUACUCUGAUACAAUUCGUACCUUCAAUUUCAUUUCAAGUGGAUGUUUACCACACAAAAAAAGAAAUGCUGCAACAUAUUUUCAAAGCUCUAAUUUUAUUUAAUGUUCUACUGAGGCGCUGUGGUUCUAAUGCUCAAAGUAAACACUAG